AUGGCGUCCACGACCAACGAAUCCAGCAAGAAACGGAAAACAAGAGGCGACGCGACUUCGGCUGAUCUUACGCCUGCCGCAUCGCCGGUCGACCCGCCACUCGAUGAGCGCUGGAACACUGAUGGGGAUACCCUACUUGUUUCGAGCGAUGGGACAGGGUUUCUGCUCGAGAGCUAUAUGCUCAAGGCUCAUAGCUCUGUCUUUCGAGAUAUGCUUUCCUCAAACGAUCUCCUCCCCUCUUACUCUUCGUCGCCUUCGGGAAGAGCGCGCCUCAAUCUUUCCGAAGACACUGAAAACGCCUUGACGGUGUCUACAGUGCUCUAG